UGGGAGGUUUGGCUCCAGGUUAGGAUCUCUAUAGUACAGGCGUCAUGCGUACAACAACAGUUGAAUCAUGGUUGAACAUCUCUCCGGUGUCAACCGAUGUUGAGAUGUCAUCCAAACUGUGAUUGACGAACAUCGUGAAUAUUCUACAGUAAAAUAAUGAGUUUAAUGCCUCAUAUCAUCGAACUGCGUCCUGAUAAGGGUCUGUUGGACCCCGAUUUCGAGAAAUACCAAUUCGUCGACGACCCAGUUCUUAUUUUAGAGAAAAGGUUGGAGAAAGAGGUGCUUCGAGUCGAACCUUCUGCUUCUCAAGAUUCUUGGCUUGAAACAAGGUCUUUUGCAUACCACAAUCAUUUGUUUAAAAAUCCAUUUGACAAAAAAUGUUACUUCAUUAACAAGGAUUACGAAUUAUGGUACCUAGAUGGGAGCGGUACUCUAGAAUUUAUAUAUGCCCUUACAAAAGCAUCACUGGAGUCUGUUAGCCCAGUAUAUAACCCUUCUCUGAGUUUUGCCUCUCAGAACAUAAUUGUUGCUUCAAAUGGCCAUUGCAAUUUGGAAAUAAUAUUAAAACAAGGUUCACAAAUAUUACGAUCAUCCAUAUUCAACGAUAUUGAACCUGGUAUUAUUUUGAAUUCGGUCUGCGUGAAAAAUCAAUCUUUAAUUAAUGUCGCAAUGUGCUUCAUAAUUGAGGAUAAUGGUAAAAAGUACUCGGAAAUCGUUUUGUAUUCAUAUUCUUCCACAGACUCAGAUCAACUAUUAUCAGAUGUAAAACUUGCUAGCAAAAGAGUUCUGAGAGUAAAGGGAGCUGUUGAAUAUGCUAAUUUAGAGUCGAAUGGGAUGUAUUUACACUUAAUGAGCCAAGACUCUGCCACAUUUGUCUUUGAUUCUUCAAAUCCAAUAUGUAAUGAUUUACCAGUAGAUAACAGUCAAGAAAUUAAUAUACCAAAAUACUGCUGGUCUCAGGAUGAAGACACUCUAACUGUUUGGGUGAAAAUUCUUGACGGAGUCGAUAAGAAUCAAAUUAAAGUCUGUGUUAAGCCUAAUAAUAUCCAUAUCAGAUGUCAAGAUCUCCUAUUAAUAACUGGCGAAAGCGGACACAGGUUGGAUCCGGAUUUAACAACAUGGUCACAUGAAAAAGAUACACUGAAAAUUGAACUAUUUAAAAGCGAUGCUGGGUUAAUGUGGCAUGAAUUAAUCAAGGGUGAUACCGGUGGCGAAUGCUUGCCAAAUGAGGCAUUAGCAUCUGAAGUGCAUAGCAGAUUAGCACAUCUAUGUACAUCUCAGCCAGAUAUUGAGACUGGCCAUCCAAUUUUAGGAUUCAACUCGGAGCAGCUUGAGGAAUGUGAUAUCCAAGAGAGAGAAAAUCACCUACAAAGAAUCCAUCUAAGUUCACACAAGACCACUCAUCUUGCAAUUCUAGGUGCAAACAACCAUUUAAUGUUUACUCGAAAAGUAAAAUCUGGACAGAUUCUGUGCUUGAGACACGAUCACGACGGUUGUCUUUGGAUUGCUAGUGAAAAUGAUGGUGAUGAAUGGAAUUUGAAGCACAUCUCCACAUUUCCUGGUUUUGGAUACGUCGAGGCAAGCAAGACGAACAAAAAGUUUUGCAUAUCUUCUCCCAAUGGUUUGUACGUGGCAAUAGUGGAACAUGCAAGGCACAUUUUCUUAUACGAAAAACCAAUUGGAAAUUCUCGAAUUGGUCACCAGCGUAUUAUUGACUUGGGCUGCGAAGCACAAGCUAAUCUUGUUUUAGGAGCAGUCGCAUCAAAUAGUCAUUUUUAUUUACUCACCAAAAAUAAAUUAUACCAAUUGCAGCUGAAUUCUGGCCAAGUCGAAGAUGGUACUACAAUGUUACAAUAAAAGACUUGAUCAUUUCUUAAUCGCCGUAUCAUCAUUGAACGUUGUUACGUGGAUACUGUUUCUUUGAAGAGAGAAAGAUUGUACAUAAAAAUUUUUACUUUAUAAAAUCUGAGUUAAAAAUCUAUAGGUCAAUUUCUUCAGAUUAUGAACGCUAAAUGAAAUUGUAUAAGUACACGAGGCAUGAUUACGGAAAAGUUUUGUAAUUUACAUCUUUGACAAAAAUAAAUAUUUUUCUUUCAUUUUAGA